AUGGCUGCGGCCAGCUUCCUCCUAAGCCCCAGGGUGACGCUGCCCCUGCGCCGAGGAUCCCGCCUCCUCGUGUCCUGCUCCGCCACUUCGUCAUCCUCCUCGUCAGAUGCUGCUGGAGGGGUGGGAUUCCAGGGAAGGGUGGGGUUCUUGGGCCUCGGGAUCAUGGGCGCCCCCAUGGCAUCAAACCUCAUAAAGGCUGGUUGUGAUAUUACAGUUUGGAACAGAACCAAGAGCAAGUGUGAUCCUCUUCUCAGCCUCGGUGCCAAGAUGGCUCCCUACAGGUUCGAAUCUUCACCCGCCAGAGUUGCAUCAUCUUGUGAUGUCACCUUUGCAAUGCUUGCUGACCCAGAAAGCGCGUUUGAGGUUGCAUGCGGCGCUAAUGGAGCCGCAGAAGGGAUGGCCGCAGGGAAAGGGUAUGUCGAUGUGUCGACAGUCGAUGAUGCAACAUCUAAGCUAAUCGGCAAACGUAUUACAAGUACUGGGGCAUCUUUUCUCGAGGCUCCAGUUUCAGGCUCAAAAAAGCCAGCAGAAGAUGGACUGCUGAUCUUUCUUACUGCAGGUGAUGAAUCCUUGUACAAGAGAGUGGCACCCCUACUUGAUGUCAUGGGCAAGUCAAGAUUUUAUCUUGGGGAUGUCGGGAAUGGCGCAGCAAUGAAGCUCGUGGUUAAUAUGGUGAUGGGGAGCAUGAUGGUCUCAUUUGCAGAAGGGCUACUCCUGAGUGAAAAAGUGGGGUUAGACUCGAAUACUGUCGUCGAGGUUAUUUCACAAGGUGCUAUCAAUGCUCCCAUGUUCUCCCUCAAGGGCCCUUCCAUGGUUAAAGCUGCAUACCCUACUGCCUUUCCCCUGAAACAUCAGCAGAAGGAUCUAAGGCUGGCGCUGGCCCUGGCAGAAUCGGUGUCCCAGCCCAUUCCUACAGCUGCAGCUGCAAACGAGCUGUACAAGGUAGCAAAAUCGCUGGGCCUCGCCGACCACGACUUCUCCGCAGUCAUCGAGGCGCUCAAGGCCAAAGUGCAGAGCUCGCAGCACUAG